AUGAAGAUUAAAAAGGGAGCACAAUCUCUAGAUGAAUAUCUCAGAGAUUUUAAGUCUAUAUGUGACAACCUUGCUGCUAUCAAAAAGCCAGUUUCUGAUCUUGACAAAGUCUUCCAAUUCUCACAAGGAUUGGGACCAAGGUAUGAGAAUUUUUCCCUUGCAAUGCUUGCUAAACCAACCUCCAUAUCCUUCAUUUGGACAGUUUAUGAGUGGAUUGAAAAGGAAAAAGAAGACAAUGGCAAAACUGAAACAAACAAAGGAGGUGGCGAUUUAAUUGAUUCCGAUAGGGAAAGGUCAUUAUCUUUCAUAUUUAACAUAACUGAUAAUAUAGAUGUUGGUUCUUUCCCUAAUUUUAGCAAACACAUUGCAAUAAAUGAGGAGAAAAACAAUGAGAACGUUGACCACUGCAUUACUUUGGAUGAGAUUCAUGAGGUAUCUAGUUCAACAGAUCAAAACAUCACAGAUACAAGACCAAAUCAUGCAAACACAAAUAGUGAUGAUGAAUUUCCCUCAUCAAUGCAAGAUGAUCAAGAAAUCUCUUCUCCAAACAAUUCAGAUUUGAGGUCUUCUCGUCCUACAAGAGAUUGA